AUGUAUAUCUUACUUAUUGGUUUAGUAGCCAUAGUAUUAUUCAUUUAUUACAGAUUUAAGUAUUCGAAGAAGAUCCAAGUUUCAAUUACUUCAAAAGUCUCACCGGUUGAUUCAAAUUUUAAUUGGAAAUCACAACAACCACUUAAAAUUAGACCAUUUAUUGGUAAAACAAAUUUCAAUCCAAGUAUAGGUUUGAAAAACAUAACCUCAACUCCAGAAGAUUGGUUAUUGAUUGAAAAUACAUAUUUGAAAAAUAUUAAAGUACGAAAAUCAUCAAUUGAAAAUAAUCAAUCGAAAGUUUUAUAUAUUCAUGAAGAUAUAAAAGCAAAAUUAGCUUUAGCAGAGUUUUUUCAAAUUGUAUGUCAGUUUUUACUAUCUAGGUAUCCAAAAUAUUUCAAGUUAAAGAAUGGUAUUAUCCAUAAUUUAAUAACAAAUGAAUCUUUUUCAAUUAAUGAAUCAAAUUCAAUUGAAAUUCUUAAAAUUUUAGGAUCCAACAUUGAAGAAGAUUUUUUAAUUAUGUUUAAAGAAGAUGAAGAUUCUGAAUAUCGAGUUAAAAGCUCAUUUACUGGAUUUCCGGCUGGUUUUGAUCCAAGUAUAAACUAUAAUAAAACAAUUUCAUAUAUUCAUAAACCUGUACCACAAUAUAACAAGUUGAAAUUUUCAAUGAAUAAGUUUUUCAAUAAUAUAAAAAGUCAAAAUUUAUGGGUUAGGUUUAAUUGGUCAAUCCAAACUCAUUCAAAUUUAUUUACUUUUAAUAAUCAUGGAAGGCCAGGUGAAACAAUGAAAAAAUUAAAUAGAAAAGAUAUUGAUUUUGCUAAUGGAUGUUUUUUAAGGAAUGAAAGACAAUGUUUUAUAAGAUUACCUAAAAGUAAUGCAUUAGUAAUGACUAUAAGAACAUAUUUAACAAGUAUGGAAAAUAUUAAAAAUGAAGAAAAAAUCGGAAAUGAAUUAAUAUUUGCGAUUGAUAAUUUACCCGAUGAUUUGGCAUAUUAUAAGAAAAGACAUGAAUGGGGAGAUGCACUAAAGGAAUACCUCAAUGAUUGA